UACACACAAUUUUUUGCCCACACACAGCAAUUAAAUAUGGAAUGUUACACUGUAACUUAGCCAAAGGUUGCUGAUGAAAAAAAAAUGAAGAUGGUGUUUAUUUUACUUAACAUGUCAAAAUUACCCUCAGAGAUCCUAAAUAUUGUAUACUCCCAUUUAAGCAGCAAAGAUGUUUUACAAUGUAUUCUGACAUGUAAAAGAUGGAAAGAAAGUGCAUUACCAUUUUUUUACAAUGGUCUGUCGGUUAAUUUUUACCGAGCUUUCCAAACGAAGAAACUAUUACGUAUGAACAACACUGAACGCGAUCGUUACUUUCAGUAUGGCGUCUUUACAAAAACGCUUCAAAUUCAUCAGGAUAUUGCAGGAUAUCUACCACAUUAUUUAGGAGAUACUCUCUCACUGAAAGACACUGACGGUGAAUAUACAAAAGAAGAAUGGAUCAUGCUUUUGAGGUACCUACCGAAUAUACAAGUUCUGAACUUAGUUUACAGCCGUAACACCAGCAAAUAUAUACAAUAUAUUCUGGAGUCCACUGAUACCGACAAGAUAUUGCUCAAUAUCAAGGCCAUCUUACUGGGUGCUCGCCAAGAAACUAAUAAUUCUACCAGCACCUACCAUGCCGUUUGCUACAAGUAUCGCACAACUAUUACGAAUUUAGAAGUUGAACACAACACCUCAAUAUUGACCAACAGCAAAUUACCUACCUUGUUAAGUCAUUUUAAUAGCUUAACUCUACUAAAAUUCAAUAACAGUUAUGAUCCCCAGUUGACGAUAUUUGACAUUUUGGAUACUUGUCCCCAUACAAUAACACUAAAUUACACAACCGAGUUCGCAAUUCCAGAUUCAACUAUAAACCGUAUUAAGUUGAAUAGUUGUUUUAAAGAAUUAAUUCUAUCGAUUCCAGCCAUUCCAAAGCACUACAUCACUUGCCUUAGCGAUGAUCUCAUUCCGCAUUUGGAUAUCCUGACAUUGGAUAUAAGUAAUACAGAUGUCUUCGAUUGGGUAGAAAGUAUUGGGCUUAAUAAUGCGGUGAAGUUUCUGGAUAGAUUGAGCACGGUUAAAACGGCCUUUAUUCGUUGGAAACCUGAUCGAAACUCUGAUAGACAGACUACUAGUACAGAAUCAGAUCAUACAAUUAUGUUUGCCUUACUUAAUGCGAUGAAAAGGAGCAAAAAAAUGUACUAUCAAGUCCAUUACAGUAAUUGUGUAAUUGUACACAAGUCUUUCAAGUUAACUUCAGAUGACAGCUUGCAGUUUGAUUAUGGUUUAAAACUAUCUGAAUACCAUCUGCCAUUAACUAAUCAAGAUUCUGAACAAGAAUGGCAUGAUGACGGUCCAUUGUCCCAUGGUAUUCAAACUGAACUGCACAAUCCUUCCACUUCAACUAUAGGAUUAGAAGUCUUCCAUUACAUGCGGGUUGUUAUGUGCGAUAAUGAUCCAAAUUUGCCGCUAAAUUUCCUAAGAUACGCAUUGAUGAACUGUCCAAACCUUCAACAGUUUUCUUUUACUGCAUAUAAUAAAUCUGCACUUGGUAUAUGUAUUGGUAACGAUACUAAAACAGGAAUAAAGAACAUCAGAGAAAGGAGGGACCUAUCAAGUACAACACAAGAAAACAUUAAAAUUGUCAAGAUCAGUAACAUGGUUCCAUCAAAAAUUCUAUUGGAACUAAUGGUUAAAUAUAUGCCUGCAACCGAGGUUUUUCUAUGUGGUGCAACGAAUGAUGCGGAUUCACCAACUGUAUUAUUUGAAGCGGACUUGACAGCAUUCAGCCAUCUGGAUUUAGUUCAGUUGGAUUUUCAAUUGUUGUCUGGUAAAAAACAAAAGACUGUAUAUCUGGAAAUACAAUUCCCGGAGAAAGAUCGUGAAUAUUACUGUUUGGUAAAAGAUUUUCCUAAAUUGAAUGUUACUAAAACCACUUUGGAACAAAUAAGCAGCAGAGAGAACGGAAAUAUCCGAAAAGCCAUUGUCAAGUGUCGCAAUCACGUCAAAAUCGCAGUUUGCUAUUCAUGUUCAUUGUUUAAGAUUAUCAGCGAUGGGGAAAUUAGUGAAUUGGAUUACAAACAGUCCUCUCAUAUGCGUUUCCAGUUCAUAUAAUAUUUCCACAUGUACGUUUACCUACAAAUUAUCAAAACUUUUAUAUUUUGGCAGUGCCUUGCAAAUAAUAAAUUCAGCUUAGUCCCAUCUUGA